GGAGCCCGGCCCGGCCCCGGCGGGGCGGGGGACGGCGGUGGGGCCGGCCCGCCGUGCCGUGCCGUGCCGUGCCGUGCCCGGCUCUCCGGCGGCGCCGAUGGGGCUGCGGGCCUGGCUGCGAUCGCUCGGCUGCUGCGGCUGCUGCGGCGGGGAGGCGGCGGCGCCCGAGAAGGAGCCCCUGCUCAGUAACAACAACCCCUACGCAUCCUUCGGGGCCACGCUGGCGCGGGAUGAGGAGCAGAACCUGUGGAGCACCCCCCACGACGUGACCCACACCGAGGCCGACGACGACCGCGUGCUCUACAACAUGAUCGUGGUCAGGAACCAGCUGGACAAGGACUCGGAGGAGUGGCAGAAGCUCAACUAUGACAUUUAUACUUUACGGCAGACCCGGAAAGAAGUGAGGAGCAGGUGGAAACACAUUUUGGAGGAUUUAGGUUUCCAGAAGGAAGCAGAUUCCCUCUUGUCAGUGACCAAACUCAGCAUCAUCAGCGAUGCUCAGAACAUGAGCAAAGCCAGGGACAUCUUGUUGAAGCUCUCAGAAGAGACCAACAUCUUCCCCACCAGCUGGGAACUUUCCGAGCGCUACCUCUUCGUGGUGGACCGCCUCAUCGCCCUGGACGCUGCUGAUGAGUUCUUCAGGAUGGCCAGCGCGGUGUACCCCAAGCGGAGCGUCCCCGCCGUGCCCUGAGGGACGUGCCUGGCGGUGUGACACAGCUGGCACUCCUGGGCAGGCUGCUGUGCCCAGGGACAGCAGGGGAGUGCCCUCCUGGUGGCCCUGUGGAGAAGCGAGUGGGUGCAGCAGGGCGAGCUGUGCCCGCGGAAAGGGACCCAGGGGCACCA